AUGACUUACAACACCGCCUCGUUGAAUCAUUCUCAUUUCUCGGUGGGGCACACAACCUCGCUGCAUACCGGUAGUUCUACGCACGCCAAAUUCGAUGACCUCGUCUUGCUAGCUGCAACAGCAUAUUUAUCCGACCGUGUCAACCCAUAUCCGCCAUUGACGGCCUGGUAUAAGAGGGACUCGGAUUUGUCGACCAGCUCCAUCGACUUGGACGACGACAAUAACAAAGAUGAUGAGCAUAUAGAUGCACACCCGAGCGGAAGCCUGAUCGACUUCGCAGAGCUGAGAAAGACGUUUUUACGGCGUCUUGUCCAGCCAGCUCAAUUCCCAGGAGCAAAGGUGCGCAAGAUGGACGAGGAGCACCUCCAAUUCUUCAACGGGAUCCUUGCGUCGACGUCGAAUCCAUCACCAAACAACACGUGCCGGGGGAAUGCUGCAUACGAUCGCAGCACGUGGUUGGGGCAUAAGAGGAGAUGCAUGAAAAUGUACAAGGCCUGGCUCGAAGAGAAUGGGUAUGAGGACCAGAGCUGGAUAGAGGCGGCGGAAAGACGUAGGGAUGCGAGGUUGGGGAUGAGCGUUACUGCGUAG